AAAAUAUUUUUCUUGGAUAAUUUGAUUGUAAGUUAAUUGUAAAUUUAGCUCAUACAUAAAAUUGUAAUUGCUGCUAAAACAUUGCUCGGCUCUUCUCAAGAGCGCACGACCUUUUGGUGACAACACUUCUUUCGAUGGGCGCAAAAAAAUUGAGUCAUGAGUGGAGUUAUCGCUCAAUUAGGAAAUUGUGACUAUUCUCGGCGUUCAAAAUAAAUAAAGACUAGUUUGAGAUUAGCAGCCAAAGAACCAUGACAUCGAAUGGCAUAUAUCAGGCGUAGGUUAGAAGAAACUUAUGAGAUGGAAUGCUGGUAUUGGAUGUUUCUCUAUAAAUUCAAACCUAUACACCAACAAGAAUAAUUUACAAGCAUUUUUCAGUAUUAAGAAGCUCAAAUAAGUAUAAUGAAAAAUCAGAUAGUAAGUUAUAAUACAACAUUCAAAGUGUGUUCACUUGAUGCUAUAACGCAUCCAUUUUCUGGAGGAUUUCAGAAUUCGUUCAAUCCUUGCUUUCUUUCAUCUUUAAGUUUGAUGCUCAAUACUAUACUAGGCUGUUUUGCAUUAUUUCAAUUCAUAUGGUUAAUAAGAAACAAUAAACAUGGGCCAUUUAAAAUACAGUUUGCGUUCGGAUCAUACUUAAGAUUUAAAAGUGUUGGAAUAAUUCAAAUAUUUAAAGUAGGAUUAGUUGGAAUACUGUUGCUACUGUUUAUUUUAUUGAGUUUUAUAUCUUCAUCACCAGCUUCAAAGUUGGGUCCUGGGUCAUCUAUUAUCGCAAUAGGUUUCAUAAUUUUACCCUUACAUAUAUCCGAGCCAACCAGAUCGGUAAUACCAUGUGCUUCUUUGUUACUAUUUUGGUUGAUUUCUUCUUUAUUUAAUUUGGUUGUGCUUGUUCAAGAUAUAUUCUCUGAUCAUAAGAUUUAUAUUGCAGGCGAUUCAAAUGUAUCUUUAAUUAUUACCAUAGAGGUUCUACAAUUUGUUAUUUCAGUUUUGAUAUUAGUCACAGAAAAUGCUUAUUAUACAGCUACUCAGGAGUUAAAGGAAUACUAUGACUUAAAUGACUGGGAAAGAUCAACUGUUAAAAGUUUGUUCACUGAGGUAAGCUUUUCAUGGGCACUGAAUCACAUUGGAAUUAUCUACCAGUCCAACACAUUAGACAUAAAGAUCCUUCCAAAAAUUCCGAUUGACUUCAAGGUUAAAAUCUCUUACGAAAAGCUAUUAAAACAUUGGAAUAACUUUAAGAAUUCAGCUUCUGAAGAAAAUCCAUCCUUAUUUUAUGUUAUUGUUAUAACUCAUUGGUUUCAUGCCUUGAUUGGUUUUUGUCUUGACAUAAUGGAAGUUUUGUUUGGAUUUGCACAAGCAUUUAUGCUUCAACAGUUCAUAUUGUUAUUUAAUGAAGUAAGUUCAUCUACAAGUCCUGAUUUUAGUAAACCAAUCCUCGUUGGAUUCUGUAUCGCUACUUGUUUGUUUACUUGUGCAGUAUUUAGGUAUUUCACUGUAAACAGGUACUACUCAAACUAUUAUUCCAUGAAAUGCAAAAUUCAGGGUUCCUUGACUGAUAUGGUCUACAAAAAGGCACUCAAUCUUUCACCAGAAGCAAGAAAGGGCAAAACAACAGGUGAAAUUGUUAACAAUAUUUCAAUAGAUGUUGGUAAAUUGGCCGAUAUACCUCAUUUCGUUGAACUUGCUACAGGUCCUAUUAAGUUACUUCUUACAUUAUAUGCUUUGUUUAAGAUAAUCGGAGUCUCGACCAUUUCGGGGUUUAUUGCUGCAUGUAUUUUAGUUCCAACUACAACUAAAGUUAGUACAUCAAUCACAUCACUUUAUAAUCAGAUUAUGAGUAUAAGAGACGAGAGAACUAAAUUGAUAUCUGAAAUCUUAACUUCAAUUAAGAGUAUCAAAUUAUAUUCAUGGGAAGAUCCAAUGUCCGAAAGAUUACUGGAAAUUAGAAAUGAUAGGGAAUUACCUCUUGGAAGGAAAAUUGGUGUGUUCAAUGCUUUAUCUAUGUUUUUGUGGUCAUUGAUACCCUUUUUCAUUCCUUGUGCUUGUCUCAUAACUUAUUCUUAUAUUUCUCCUAUACCAUUAGUUCCUUCCACUUGUUUCCCAGCUUUAUCAUUGUUUGGUAUUUUGGCUAAACCAAUAUUGUUUCUUCCUGAUAUAUUUGCACAAGCAGUUGAAUGCAAAGUUUCAUUGAAAAGAUUACAAGAUUUGCUCGCGUUAGAGGAGUUAGAUACUUCUACUGUUCACAGAACUUCAUACGAAUUAAAAAAUAACGAUAUUUCCAUUGAAGUUAGGAAUGCAACUUUUCAUUGGGAUAAUAAAAAAGAGACCGUUAAUGAACAUGAGGUUGAAACUUCUGAUAUUGCGUUAAAAAAUAUCAACUUUCUGGCGAGAAAAGGUAAUUUAAAUUGCAUAGUUGGUAGGGUAGGAUCUGGAAAAACCAGUUUCCUUAGAAGUUUAUUAGGUGAGAUUCCAUUGUAUAAGAAACCAGAUACAUUAAUUGGUGUAAAUGGGUCAAUAGCCUACUGUGCACAAUCUCCUUGGAUUUUGAAUGCUACAGUCAAACAGAACAUUUUAUUUGGAUUUAAAUACGAUAAAGUCUUCUAUAAAAGAACGAUCGAAGCAUGUCAGUUAUUGCCUGAUCUUGAAAUAUUACCUGAUGGGGAUAAAACAGUUGUGGGAGAAAAGGGUAUAUCAUUGAGUGGUGGUCAAAAAGCUAGGCUUGCCCUCGCUAGGGCUGUUUAUGCUAGAGCAGACGUUUAUUUGUUAGAUGACGUUUUGUCAGCAGUUGAUGCUCAUGUUGCUAAAAACUUGAUUGACAAAGUUUUAGGUCCAGAAGGUUUAUUAUCUACUAAAACAAUUGUUCUUGCCACUAAUGCUAUUGGUAUACUUCAUAAAGCUCAAAACAUAAUAUUGUUACAAAAAGGAGAAAUAAUAGCUAGCGGAAGUUAUAAUGAAAUUAUAAAUCAAGAUAACAAACUCACGGAACUAAUUAAAGAGUUUGGCCAAAUUCAGCCUCAAGUGAUCAUAGAUGAACCUUCAGUGGUGGUUGAAGAUACCGAAUUUGUAUCUGAUGAUGAAAUUAUUAAGCUUGUCCCUUCCAACGCUGGCGACUUGGUUGUAGAGGAUUCGGAUUUUGAACCAUUAGAAGUGAUCGGAAGUCGGGCAUCUCAUCGAAGAGCUAGCAUAGUUUCAUUUACUCAUGAUGAAGAAGAUGACGAUGAAGAUAAUGAUUUAAUCAUAAAGACUGGAGACAAUGCUGAAAAAGGACCAACUGGUGAUAUUAAGUUCUCAGUACAUUUACAAUACUUUAAAGCAUGUAAUAUUUGGUCAAUUAUAUUUUAUGUAUUCACCUAUAUUGGUAGCAUGAGUACACUUCUUAUGGCUAACUAUGUGUUGAAAGUAUGGUCAGAAAAGAAUCUUCAAGUCGGAUUCAACGUAUCUCCAAUUUACUAUUUGACAACUUAUGCCGCAUUAGGAAUAUCAAGUGGAUUGUUUAUUUUAAUUGGUUGUUCAGUUGUAUGCAUAUUCAGUGUUAUUAAAGCUUCAAGAUAUUUUCAUGCUAGCAUGUUCCAUAGUAUUUUGAGAUCACCAAUGUCAUUCUUUGAAACAACACCAACUGGAAGAAUUUUAAAUCGCUUUUCAGAUGAUAUAAAUGUAUUGGAUGAUCAGCUUAUAUGGUCAUGGAUAGGACUUACGCACUAUAUAAUAGAGUCUUUUGGAUUAUUGGGAGUGCUUAUAUUCAACUUACCACCAAUGGCCUUAGUUAUCUUGGUAUUUUUUUUCUUGUUUAACAGUAUCAGAAAAUAUUUCAUUCCAGCAGGUAGAGAAUUAAAACGUUUGGUUAGUGCUAGCAGAAGUCCUAUAUUUUCUCAUGUACAAGAAUCUAUAAUUGGAGUGGAAACUAUUAGAGCCUUCGAUCAACAAGAAAGAUUUAUAUUUAAAAAUGAAUCAAAUGCCGAGAACUUAAUUAGUGCCAUGUAUUCAAGUCUAUUCACUAGUAGAUGGUUAUCUUUCAGAUUGCAAAUGAUGUCAGCAAUAAUGAUGUAUGCUACCACAUUAAUGAUUUUGUUUACUGCUGGAAGAAGUAAUUCGAUUAGUCCAGGAUUGGUUGGUUUUCUUAUGAUCAAUGUGUUGAGUAUUACGGGUCUUUUGAAUUCAAUUAUAAGAUGUUGGGCUGAAGUAGAGACCAAAUCAGUUGCGGUGGAAAGAAUUAUUGAAUAUUGUAAAUUAAAGCCUGAGGCAGAAUUAAUAAUUAAAGACUCAAGACCUCCAGAAUCGUGGCCCCAAAAUGGAUCUAUUGAAUUUAAGAAUUAUUCAACUAAGUAUAGAGACAACCUUGAUCCGGUUCUUCAUAAUUUAAAUAUAAGUAUCAAACCAAUGGAAAAAAUAGGAAUAGUUGGUAGAACUGGUGCUGGUAAAUCAACAAUUGCAGUUUCGUUGUUCCGUAUUAUCGAAUCAGUUACAGGGAAUAUUGAAAUUGAUGGUAUUAACACUUCAAGGAUAGGUUUAUUUGAUUUGCGUCAUAAGUUGAAUAUUAUCCCACAAGAUGCACAGACUAUAGAAGGAUCCAUAAGACAAAAUCUUGAUCCACUUGGUUCUCAUUCAGAUGCUGAAUUAUGGGAGGUGUUAGAUCAUGCUCAUAUGAAAGAACAUGUUCUUCAAAUGAAAACCAAGAAAGAUCAAAAAGAUGAAAAUGUAGAUGAUACCGAUAUCGAAUAUGAUACUGGAUUAUCAGCUGCUGUAUUCGAGGGUGGUUCUAACUUAUCAUCAGGACAAAAGCAGUUAUUAUCUUUAGCUAGAGCCUUGUUGAACAAAUCACAAAUUUUGAUCUUAGAUGAAGCUACAGCAGCUGUUGAUGUUCAAACUGAUAAGAUAAUUCAAGAAACAAUUAGAUCAGAAUUUAAAGAUAAGACUAUUUUAACAAUAGCUCAUAGAUUAGAGACAAUUCUCGAUAAUGAUAGAAUUAUCGUUCUUGAUAAAGGUAAAGUAAAGGAAUUUGACACUCCUCAAAAUCUAUUAGGAGAUACUUCUUCUGAAUUCUACUCCUUGUGCAAUCAAGCUGCAGUAUUAAAGACCCAAAAUUAAUAUAAUAAUAAUAAAUCACUUCAAAUUCAUAUAGAAUAUUAUAGAAUAUUAUAGAAAAAUAUAUA